AUGGUUGCCACUGCAUGCGCAGCUGUUGGUGUUAGGGUUUUGUCUGUCUAUGCAUUUGCGCUGAACAACUUUUAUAGACAAGAGGACGAAAUCUGCUGUCUCCUUGACUUAGCAGAAACCCUCUUCAGGGACCCCACAUGGAUUCAAGGGUUUCUGAUGUCAGAAGACAUUCGCCUUGUUGUUGUUGGUGAUUUGUCUUUCGUGGGGCCGAAGCUGCGAGCAGCAGCAGCAGCAGCAGCAGCAGCAACACAAAACAAUAAACGUUUGCUGCUAAGGAUAUGCGUAGCUUACGGAGGGAGGCAUGAGGUGCAUAGAGCUAUUUGCCGACAGCAGCAGCAGCAGCAGCAGCAGCAGCAGCAACACAACGAGCAGCAGCAGCAACAGCAGCAGCAGCUUGUAGCACCACAACAACAAGACUGCUGCAGAACGACGCCGGAGCCUCAUUCAGCCGUGCCUCCAGCAGCAGCAGAAGCAGCAGCAGCAGCAGCAGCAGCAACACCAGCAGCAGCAGCAGCAGCAGCAAAUGUCUCUUCUGCUCUUCAGUUGCCUGCUGAGGGCUUCUGCCAGCGGCUGCGCUCUGCACAAAUUGAAGGGAAGUGGAAACCAGAUAAAAUAACAAGCGAGCUAGGUUGUGCGUUUUGGAGGGAGCUGCAGGGAGGCGACUGCCCCCUCCCCAGCAUUUUAAUUCGCACUUCAGGCGAAGCGCGGCUCUCAGACUUCCUUCUUUGCGAGGUGCAGCAGCAGCAGCAGCAGCAGCAACAGCAGCAACAGCAGCAGCAGCAAAAGCACCAGUAG